AUGAGAAUCGAAUUUGGUGUAGUUUUGUUGCUGCCUUGCAUCUCUGCACAGAAUUCUACCUCACCCCAAAAUGCCACCGCUUUUGCGUUGACUUAUGGAUACCCACUGCUAGCCUUCCACCAGCUUGCCAAUCGUUUCCUGACAUACAACGUCAGCAAUUUCAUCUAUCAUUCCCGCGAGCUCUCGACGCCGGACAACAGGACAGUAGUCAAGCCGAACGUCGACACGCUGUAUUCGACAGCUGUACUCGACCUGAGCCAAACCGACUUGGCACUCACCGUCCCUGAUAUACCAUCGUCACAGUAUGCACUUUUCUCGUUUUACGAUGUGUUUGGCGACAACUAUGCGAAUACCGGCACUGGACAUGUGAACGGCUCUGGCCAGUAUCGGAUUCGGGCUCCUCAGAAUGGAACUUUUCAGUUCGGAGUCCAGACGACAGGGAAUGGAUCGUCCAAUCAGUCAGUGGCGGACGUUCUAAGUCCAACCACCUACGGGAUUUUGUUGAUUCGAUGGGGUGUCAAUGCCAGUAAUGUGAAAACAGUACAUGACCUUCAGGAUCAGACCUCACUCAGCCAUGUGAACAGAACGGUUGUGGGAAAUGCUCCUAACAUCACAUCCUUGGGCUCAUACACCAUCUCCAUCGACAAUGCAACGAGCCCGGCUGAGAAAGCUCUUCGAUUGCUGGCAAGAUAUGCACCUUUCGACCAGCCAGAGACCGAAGCCGGAGCGCGGGAACUUAAACCUAUGCUUAUGGCUUGCGGCAUAUCGAACGGAACUUAUUCGAGGCCCUCUGGAGUCGACAUCGAUUCUGCGAACAGCUCUGCGAUUCAAACAGCAACAAGAGCUGCAUCGGCGGCAGAUAAUAACUUCGUGCUGAAUAAUGGCUGGAGCAUCACCAAACCUGGUGGCUUAGCCGGCAACUUUGACAACGGCACGAACUAUACUUACCGUGCCGCUAUUGCCUCUGCUGGUUUCCUUCAGCUCAGCAAUCCGAACGCAGUCUAUCCCUCAUGGGCCAACAGCUCGAGUGCUGAGGGAGCAGGAGGUCUGGCAGGCGUGGGAGGCUACAGCCUUGGCCGAGACGAAGCGAUCAUCUACACAUUCUCCUCGAAGCCACCGCUCAUGUCACUCGGUUUCUGGAGCUUGACGGCCUACCUCGACAACUACCUCAUCCCGAACGACCUCAACGUUUACGCAAUUGGUGACAGAAGCAACAUCACCUACCCUGAUGGCUCUUUGGUAUACGGGAGUAACGCGUCGCGAUCAAAUGGCCCAUUCCAGGUCCUCGUGCAAGCUGCCGACAACCCGCCACCGUCCAACUGGACUAGUAAUUGGCUUCCUGGUCCCCCAGGAGGCGGCAACAUCACAGCUCUGUUGAGGUGGUAUGGGGCUGAGCAGCAGUUGCUGAAUGGGACGUAUCAAUACCCGGUCGUUAGGAGGCAGGCUGCCAUCACAGGCAGUAAUAGUAGCAGCACGGGUGACGCUGGUGGCAGCAAUGCUAGCGGAUCUGGACCCACUUCAGGUUCAGGUACUUCAACGUCUAGUACGGCGCCGUCAGCGACUUCGUCCGGUCCUGCAUCCUCGUCGUCAUCGUCGGCUGCGUCUGCUCUGGGGGAGAGAAGUGGGCGAGAUGCUCUACUCAGUUUGAUCGGGGGCUUGGCCCUUGGUUCGCUGCUCUUGUAG